UGUUUACAUAUCUUGCAUUACUCAUCUCAUAUGUAUAUACUGUAUUUUAUACCAUCUAUUGCAUCUUGCCUAUGCCGCUUGUGAUGGUUAAUUUCUAUAUAAUCAAAUGAGCAGAGACAAACUUAUCACACAAGUCAGAGUUAUACUUAAACUGAAUCUUUAUUAGUGAGAGCUCUGCAACAGCGAUGGCUGGUCGACAAACCACCCUCAGAUGAUUUGUUGAGAGUCACGACACAAAGGCUACUAAAUUAUUUUAUAGCAAAGAUCCACACCCUAGUCGACAUGACAAACAACAGAUGUGUGGAAUGGGUCACACAGUGAGACUUGAUAAAUGGGAAAGGAGUAUCCCGCAGCCAGAUAGCAUUUGCUAUGAAGACUGUUCUUAUUGUUCAGUUUGGCCCCUAAGACGAGGCUCCGAUCUCGUUCCUGGUACUUCAUAGCACAAAAACACCAACUCAUUCUAUUGGCAUAAAUCAAUUGUUAACUCCAGAUACUCCCAUCUCAAGUAAAACCCCUUCUUGACCACACAACUGGACAAGCUCAUUGAGGGGAGUGAGCCUCUAGGUCAUACACUAUCCCAGGAUAGGUGUAACAUCAGAGAUGACAUACAAUGGUUCCAGACACUACCCUACACAUCUUUUCUCAAACCUUAUCUUCCCCAAGGCCAAAGAAGUGAGUGACUGGCGCACAGACAUUGUGGAGACAAGUCAUUGGUUCCCCAUUAAUCACGCCAUUCCUUCACAUGGUUUGAAAAAUAGGUAAAAACACAUUCACAUAUAAAGACAAUGGUCCCUCCUGUCCUCUUCUCUUUCUGAUAUUUUGCAAAGCCCCAGGGACAUGUGAAAGACGAGCCUGACUUCUCCCCUCUAUGGACCCCAGGUGACUGAGCCCCAGCUGAGGGAGGAAGUGCAACUGCCAACACCAGAGUCCAAAGGGUUGCAUUCUAAUAACUAUCAUAUUAGCAUAUUAUGCAGAUAAUACAUCUUAAUUAUCUAUGUUAAAUAACUAACACUCUUUCAUUGCUCAUCCAUAUAUUUAUAUGUAUAUACUCUUAUUCCAUUCCUUACUUAGAUUUGUGUGUAUUAGGUAGUUGUGGAAUUGUUAGACUACAUGUUAGAUAUUGCUGCACUGUCGGAACUAGAAGCACAAGCAUUUCGCUGCACUUGCAAUUAUAUCUAUGUGGCCGACUUGAUUUGAGAAGGUAUGCAGGGGAUGUCUGGGAACUAUUUUUAGCAGAAAUAUUAUAGUUAUGUGAAGUGUCUUGGGAUAAGAGUGUAAUUAACCACAUACCCCUCAUUAAUUAAUACUUUGUUAACUUGUCAUUUGAAACAGGCUUGUGUAAAUACCUGUUUUUACAGCGACCGUAAGCCUAGGCUAGAACAAGGACUUGAAUAUUUACCUUACUGAGUAGAUUGAAUAAAGUAAUUAUUUUCAACUCUAUUCUUGCUAACACACUGUUCGUUCUAAACAAGUAUUCUCUGAACUUGAAAGAUAGUGAUCACGAACAGGAGAUUUGAUAUGUAACGUAAUAAUCAGUACCGUAUUUCAAAGAACAAGGCGCAUACCUUUUUCAGUUAACCACAGCCUUUGAGCUAUGAUGCCAACCAAUAAGAUUCUUUCUCUUCAGUGUAAGCGGAAGUGAACAGUUACCCAAAACAAAUAUCACGAUAGCGUUUUUCGUAUUGUUAUUUAGACGUUUAUUAACACCUUGGAACUCAAAAUAUGCCUAACUGCACAGAAUUACAUACUUACCUCGGGUAGUGUUUAUUUCGCGUUGGAGACAGGACUCGGUUGCUAGAUGUUCUAGGUAAGGCUAGCUGCUAACAAUGGCUAACUGUAUGGUUUUUCACACUCAAAUAGCCUCCGUCAUGGAGGUGCUAGCGAAUGCCGCCGUGGCAGAGAUCUGUAAACUCGUAGAUGACGACUAUGCAGUAUUUCGUUUGGAAAUUACUCAAAGCCAGAAAGAAAACAGGGCAUUGCGGAGGAAACUACAGCUGCUGGAACUGAAGGUGUCACGGGAGCGCGCAGAGAGGACCAUUCGUCCUAGAAGUGUCAAGAUCCUCGACCGAUACAGAGGAAUGGCAAGAGGUGAAGGACAUCUCACUCUAGGCCACAGGAGCAUUGUGAAGCCAGCCGGACACAAUACAUGGCGAGAUGACCAACCAAUCACUUCUGAUGAGGGGAGUGGAACCUCAACCCAGCACGUUAUCAUGAUUGAGUCUGCAGAUGCAGAAGCUGCAGGUCCUGGAGGAUCAUCUCUGGUCAAGCAGGAGAGGACUGAAGGAGACAACCCACAACACAGCAGAAACAUCCAGACUGGAGCAGCGGCUGGAGUGGCGCACCCUGUAGUCACUGAGGACCUAUCCACCGCCGCCACGCCCCAGCCCAGGACCCGACACAGCAUCGCGGAGGUCAGUGGAAAGCCGAACGGCGUCCUCAAGAGAGAGACGGACACAGAGACUUUAACUGUCACAAAAAGGCUCUUACACACAGGAUCUGACCACAGAUCAGACACAGAGAGACUGGGGCUGGGGAGACUGGGCUGUCCUCCUGCUCCCGCCUCAGAGUAUUUACUUUACGAUGACUUGAGGACAGUUCAUUCCCAUCUGGACUCAGGUGACGCGACAGAAGCUGGCAAUGAUCCGUCUUGUUCUUACACCCCAGAGAUGGAACCUGUCAACAUGGCUUUGGGUUUAGAGACACAGACUGACCAGUCUAGAGAGGACUGGAACCGGUACAGUAGUAGUGUAUACUCUGAAGGGUGCCUAGAUAAGAAAGGGGAGGUUAUAGUGGUAGAUGAGGUGACUGUGAAAGUAGAGGGUAAUAAUCCUCCCACAUGGAAUGCAGAUAGUCACCUAGGAGAUGGAUACUCACAGGGCAGAGAUUUCUUAGAUUAUAGGGAAAGUUUAGAGACAAAUCCAAAUGUCGCGACCCACUCCCCUUUACACACGCUCAGGGAUCGCGACCCAGUGUUCACAUCAAUGGGGCCUUCCGAUUCACAUAGCCGCGUCCUUUUCGAUCAGGUAUUGAACUCAAACGAAAGGGCUAGAGCCCAGGUUCAGGAAAGGGGAGCAACAUCAGGGGGUAGUAAAAAGAAACAGUUCCUCUGCAUGUUCUGUAACAAAGGCUUCAGCUGCCCCCAGAAGGUCGAGAUCCACCAGAGGGUCCACACAGGGGUGAAACCCUUCAGCUGUGCCCAGUGUCACAUGCGCUUCGCAGAGGCUGGCACGCUGAAGAGGCACCAGAGGGUCCACACAGGGGAGAAACCCUUCAUCUGCCACGUGUGCCGGGCCAGUUUCUCCCACUCAUUCAACCUGAAGAGACACCAGAGGGUCCACACAGGGGAGAAUCAUACAGCUGCCCCCAGUGUGAGAAGUUCUCCCACCAGCACCAGCUGAAGAUGCACCUAUAGGUCCACAUGGGAGAGAGGCCGUUUGCCUGUACGCAAUGCGGGAAGAGGUUCUCAGAGAAGAGCAACCUCAGAAUACACCAGCAGAAAAAACAUUCCACUCUAUAACAUAGAAAGUCACCAUUCGACUUCAUUGCUUCUGACGUUUAGAUCAAACCCUGCAUUAAAGACAAAGAUUAAUUUUCA